ACCUUCCAAGGUCUUUUCGAGGAAACUUCUCCCCCUAGCAUUCAGGCAUUCAGGAGCCUGUAUACCUACUGGGCCUUCCAGCUGAUCUCUGACGUCGACGUAUUUAAGUGAUACAUUGUCGACGCUUAAGGUCAUCUUAGUUAACGAUACACAGUGGAAAGAUGUCCGAGGGAUCCGAACAACUGCCGUGCUUGGCGGACAUCCAGCAGGCGCACGAGCGUAUCCGGCCGUAUAUCCACAGAACUCCAGUGUUUACGUCCACCACGGCGGACGCUCGCUGUGAGCGGAAGGCCUUCUUUAAGUGCGAGAAUCUUCAGAAGACUGGUUCCUUCAAGGCCCGCGGAGCGCUGAACGCGGUGUUACGUCUCAAGGAGAAGUCUGGUGACAAAUCAAAAGUGAUCACCCACAGCAGCGGUAACCACGCACAAGCUCUUGCCUGGGCGGCUAACAUGGCGGGUAUCCCGUGUACCGUCGUAGUCCCUAACAACACUCCUAUCACCAAGAUAAACGCCAUGAAGUCUUACGGAGCAAACGUGGUACUGUGUGAGCCGACAGUUGAAGGAAGAAAGGGCACAUGUGACAGGUUGGCUGCGGAACAAGGCGCAACUUACAUUUCCUCCUGUGACCAUUUCGACAUUGUUUCUGGCCAGGGUACAAUCGCUCUGGAGUUUCUGGAGGAUGUUCCGGACCUGGAUGCCGUGCUGGUACCCGUUAGUGGGGGUGGGAUGGUUAGUGGAAUAGCCACUGCUGGAAAAGCCAUUAGACCACAGCUCAAAGUGUUUGCAGUUGAAGCCAAGGGAAAAGAUUUGGAAAGGUCUCUAAAAGCUGGCGAGCGACUAUGGCCAAACCCCCCACAGAUGGUGGACACGAUAGCCGAGGGAAUCCGCUUGCAGCAACUCGGACACCUACCCUGGCUGAUUGCCCUCAAACUGGUGGAGAAAGACGUCUUUACUGUUGACAACGAAGCAAUUAUUGAGGGCAUGAAAUUUUCUUUCGAACGGAUGAAGUUGGUUAUAGAGGGUGCUUCAGGAGCUGGGGUCGCAGCGCUAUUCUCCGACCGUUUGAAGAAAAUGAGCCCUGACCUCCUGAAGGUCGGGGUUAUUUUAUGUGGUGGUAACCUUGACCUUGACCAUCUUCCGUGGGUGACAUCAAAUCAGUGAAGUUAACUUUUGCAAGCAAAUCCAUAUGCCUUGUAGCAAACAAGUUUGGUACAAAUCAUGCAAGUAUGAUCCAGCUGGCUGAAAUGAAGUGCCACAUUUUGUCCAUAUACAAUACUAAAAAUAUAAGCACAUCAUAAUUACGUAACCAAAGGCUUCAAAAAACCAAAAAUGUUACAAAACACCAAAAAUAUACAACAUCACGCAAGAUAUUUAAAGAUUGUUGAUUUAUUGUACACAUGUAUGGAUACGUAUAUAUAUAUAUUCUCAGGUAACCCCUGGGAUGGUACAUGCUGCCAUGGCGAUAAAAGUCAGCCGAAGAGUACGUCCCCACAUGAAUUAGUUGUGAUUUGAGUUUACUUGUUGUCGUAUAGAAACAUGUUGUAAUACUGUUACAUUUAAGUAUAUAUAUUUUCACUCAUGUAUACAUUAUAUAGAGGUAUGUGAAAAAGUUUGAUUCAGCUCAACAUCGAUUCGAGGGGGAAAAACACGUUAGUUCUGACCAAUGUUUUCUGGGACAGUCACGUGAGGUAAUGCAUCGACAGAUUCAUGACGUCAUAAUUUGUUGUUCCGCUCAUUUCAUCUAAAUCAUGUUUUAUUUUUUUGUAUUUUUGUAUAGGCACACGUUUAUAAAUAACUUUUGCGGUCUUUCUGUGAAAGCCAGUGGAUUUUUUCACACUAUAACAAUAUUUGCUCUAUUCUCUGAUGUCUCUGACGACGUUUUCUGUCCAAAAUACUAAUACAGACUCUAAGACAGAUUUUGCCCCAGCGAGCUUCAUACAAUAAAACAUGACCUUAAAGAUAUUGCUUUACAUGCUAUACAUGAAUGAGAUCACAAGGAAAGUACACUGAAGGCAAAUACACUGACAACUGUCAACCAUGAAUUACUCCAUUCUUUUUAACGC